AUGCGGCGGAUCCGCUGGCGGCGCGACCAGCGCAGCGGGAGGCUGCGGAGUCGGCCCUCGACCCGAGCAGGAUCGGCAGGUGCUCCGGCUGCAGGCGCUGGCACUCCGACGUGCCGGAGGGGCCGCCGCCGAGGCUGGGAGGCGAUGGCUGGUGGUACUGCCACGAGUGCUGGCCGGAGUGGUGGCUGGAGGUCGAGGACCCUGGGCGACCCGGCGUCGCCGCCGAUCAACCGCCUGUACGCGCGGUGGUGCGCCUUCCGGGAGGACGCCUUCGCAAACAUGUUUCCGGCGGCCAGCACCCUGCCGGGCAUGGGGCCCGGCGCGGCCGAGCCCUGUGGGGCGCAGGGCGGCGUCUGCACCGUGGUGCGCCCCGGGGACGCCUCGUCCGCGGCCGAGGCCGCGCGCAUCUUCUUCGAGCACGGCUUCGUGGUGCUGCGCGGCGCGCUGGCGGCGCCGGCGGCGCGCGAGGUGCUGCACACGUGCCGGCGCCUGCACGAGGCGGUCCGGGGGCUCGACCCCGUGGGCAUGGGCAACAGGGGCCGCGGCAGGUACUCCUUCCACACCGCCGUCGGGCCGGGCCAGUGCCUGCACCUCAGCGCCUACGCCCGGCACCUGGUGGACAACCCCGCCGUGCUCGACACGCUGGACGCCAUCUUCGCCGCGGCCGGCCGCCUGGACGUGGCCGCCGUGCAGCAGCUGCGGCACGAGGCCAGCCCCGCCGCGAGCCGCGGCGGCGGCGGCCAGCUGCCCUUUGGCGCCGCCGCCGACCGCGCGACAACAGAGGGCGGUCGCCCUGGCGCGGGGGCAGCAGUACCACGUCACCGGCGCCGGGGGGGACUUCUGCGAAGGCUGGGUCCGCGAGUACCACCGCUGCACAGCGACUACGGGCGCGCGCGGCCGCUGCGGGGCGCGCCGUGGUUGCGCAACCCGGGCUACGGCCCAGACGCGCCCGUGCACGUGCGGGAGGCCCCGCCCGUGGUCUCGGUGAACUUCGCCGUGCAGCCGCAGCACCGCUGGAGAACGGAGCCAUGCGCUUGA